AUGCUCAGGAUCUCUGGGCUGGAGUCUGGUGUGCACAAGGCACUCCACGAUGACCCUGAUAUUGCGUCAAAAUCGCUCAGGGAACAGUUUGAGAAACUACUCCUGGGACCGCUGCUCAAUCUUGACCAACUCGGCCGACAACCUCAAACCGCUGUGAUAGUGAUUGACGGUUUAGACGAAUGUGAACAUGAUCAAGAUGUCCGAACUAUAAUCCCAUUACUGCCUCUUCUACAGAAGGUAAAAGCGGUUCGCCUUCGGAUCUUCUUGACCAGCAGGCCUGAACUCCCAAUCAGCCUCGGGUUUUCAGAGAUCGCAGACCAUGAAUAUCAGGACCUAGCUCUUCAUGAGAUACCCGAAGAAGUGACAGAACAUGAUAUAUAUUUAUUCCUACAGGACCGAUUUACAAAAAUCAAACACGACAGAGAUAUUUCCCGAGACUGGCCCGGCGAUGACGUCCUCCAGGAAUUGGUCACGAUGUCCGUUCCACUAUUUAUUUCGGCUGCCACUGUGUGCCGUUACAUCGAAAAUUCAAAAUGGGAACCCAAAGUGCGCCUCGCAGAGCUUCUAAAGGACCAAGCCAAAUAUGUAUCGAGAAUGGAUAAGACAUACCUGCCAAUUCUGACGCGACUGCUGGAUGAGCAAGAGAGUGAUGAGUCGGAGCAGCAGCAGCUCCUGUACGAGUUCCAGAAAAUAGUCGGGAUUAUUAUUCUUCUCGCGAUUCCAUUCUCCGUCAACACACUCUCCCAGUUUCUCGGUAUUGAGCCGGACCUAAUCAGCAAUCGUUUAGAUUCAUUUCAGUCUGUGCUAAGUGUGCCCACUAACCAAGAUCUGCCGGUGAAGAUUCUACAUCUAUCAUUUCGGGAUUUUUUGGUUCAAUCCAGAAGCAAAUUUUUGGUAGACGAGGCAAGGAAGCACAAAGAGAUUGCUGAAUUAUGUCUUAAAGUCAUGAAAAGGCAUUUGCUGAAAAAUAUCUGUAAUUUGGAAAGCCCCAGCACACAAAGGGCACACAUCAAUCCUCAACUUCUCCGCCAGUAUUUACCACCAGAACUUCAGUACUCUUGUCGCUACUGGAUACACCAUCUUGAACAGAGUCAGGCUUUAUCUUCCGAGAUAGAAGAUGUGCUACUAUUCCUCCAGAAGCAUUUUCUGCACUGGGUGGAGGUGAUGAGUCUGCUGGGUCUCUCAUCGGAGGUGGUGGAGUUCAAGUCAGAGCUUCCUAGUUGGAUACGCCAGUUCCCACAAGUUAACGAAAAAUGGAGUGCAGAAUUACAGACUCUCGAGGGCCAUACGGACUUGGUGGAGUCGGUGGCCUUCUCGCCCGAUGGCCGGCUAGUGGCGUCCGGCUCUUGGGACAGGACGGUGCGGCUCUGGGAUCCGGCGACAGGCGCGCUGCAGCAGACUCUCGAGGGCCAUACGCACUCGGUUCAGUCGGUAGCCUUCUCGCCCGAUGGCCGGCUAGUGGCGUCCGGCUCUUGGGACAGGACAGUGCGGCUCUGGGAUCCGGCGACGGGCGCGCUGCAGCAGACUCUCGAGGGCCAUACGGACUGGGUUCUAUCGGUGGCCUUCUCGCCCGAUGGCCGGCUAGUGGCGUCCGGCUCUAGAGACAGGACAGUGCGGCUCUGGGAUCCGGCGACGGGCGCGCUGCAGCAGACUCUCGAGGGCCAUACGGACUCGGUUCAGUCGGUGGCCUUCUCGCCCGAUGGCCGGCUAGUGGCGUCCGGCUCUUGGGACAGGACAGUGCGGCUCUGGGAUCCGGCGACAGGCGCGCUGCAGCAGACUCUCGAGGGCCAUACGGACUGGGUUCUAUCGGUAGCCUUCUCGCCCAAUGGCCGGCUAGUGGCGUCCGGCUCUUGGGACAGGACGGUGCGGCUCUGGGAUCCGGCGACGGGCGCGCUGCAGCAGACUCUCGAGGGCCAUACGGACUGGGUUCUAUCGGUGGCCUUCUCGCCCAAUGGCCGGCUAGUGGCGUCCGGCUCUUGGGACAGGACAGUGCGGCUCUGGGAUCCGGCGACGGGCGCACUGCAGCAGACUCUCGAGGGCCAUACGCACUCGGUUAACUCGGUGGCCUUCUCGCCCAAUGGCCGGCUAGUGGCGUCCGGCUCUAGAGACAGGACAGUGCGGCUCUGGGAUCCGGCGACAGGCGCGCUGCAGCAGACUCUCGAGGGCCAUACGGACUCGGUUCUAUCGGUGGCCUUCUCGCCCGAUGGCCGGCUAGUGGCGUCCGGCUCUUGGGACAGGACAGUGCGGCUCUGGGAUCCGGCGACGGGCGCACUGCAGCAGACUCUCGAGGGCCAUACGGACUGGGUUAACUCGGUGGCCUUCUCGCCCGAUGGCCGGCUAGUGGCGUCCGGCUCUAGAGACAGGACGGUGCGGCUCUGGGAUCCGGCGACAGGCGCGCUGCAGCAGACUCUCAAGGGCCAUACGGGCUCGGUUAACUCGGUGGCCUUCUCGCCCGACAGCCGGCUAGUGGCGUCCGGCUCUUCUGAUCAAACGGUGCGGCUCUGGGAUCCGGCGACGGGCGCACUGCAGCAGACUCUCGAGGGCCAUACGGGCUGGGUUCACUCGGUGGCCUUCUCGCCCGACGGCCGGCUAGUGGCGUGCAGCUCUUCUGAUCAAACGGUGCGGCUCUGGGAUCCGGCGACGGGCGCACUGCAGCAGACUCUCGAGGGCCAUACGGGCUGGGUUGAGUCGGUGGCCUUCUCGCCCGACGGCCGGCUAGUGGCGUCCAGCUCUUCUGAUCAAACGGUGCGGCUCUGGGAUCCGGCGACGGGCGCACUGCAGCAGACUCUCGAGGGCCAUACGGGCUCGGUUAACUCGGUGGCCUUCUCGCCCGACAGCCGGCUAGUGGCGUCCGGCUCUUCUGAUCAAACGGUGCGGCUCUGGGAUCCGGCGACGGGCGCACUGCAGCAGACUCUCGAGGGCCAUACGGGCUGGGUUGAGUCGGUGGCCUUCUCGCCCGACGGCCGGCUAGUGGCGUCCAGCUCUUCUGAUCAAACGGUGCGGCUCUGGGAUCCGGCGACGGGCGCGCUGCAGCAGACCUUGGGCACUGAGGGAAUUGUCAACAAACUCGAAUUUUCUCAAGAUGGUUCAUAUCUCAUCACCGACUUAGGCACCCUCGAUGUUCAGUCCGCGCACGAAAAUCAUGCUUCUAAUUCAGCCCAUAGGAAUCUGGCGAUCUUCAUUGAGCAAGGACAGUGGAUAAACCUGAACGGCAAAAAUGUCCUAUGGCUUCCUCCUGAGUUUCGGCCUAGCUGUUCGGCGAUUAAUGGGGAUUCACUUACCUUGGGACACGCAUCAGGGCGGGUUUCUUUCAUCCGAUUUCGUGUAUAG